UCGUAUAGUCGGUGUGGUGGGGCUACAGUGUCAUAUUCUUAACUUGGUCUCAGCCACAACAUUAAUUAUGCUGAUCUGUGUUCCAGUUUUGCAUGUAUAUUGCAGAAAAUAAAUUCAAAAAUAAGCCUAAUGGAUGCCUUUAAGACCAGACUGCUUCAACUGGAAUGUCAUUUUACCUGGGCUCUGAGAGAAGAGGACUUUAAUCUCCAUGACUUGGUGAACCGCUUACAAGAGCAGAUUGAAUUGGAAUCUGGAGAAGCAAGGGUGACUCGUGCUUACAGCUCACUGGCAUUUGUUUGUUAUCUCUAUGGUGAUCUGCAAGCAGCACUCUCCAAUCUUUGCCAGUCUGAGGAACUUGCAAAAAAAUACUAUGGAGAGGACAGCGAAAAAUUUCUCACAGUUACCUAUGGGGAUUUUGCCUGGUUGUACUAUCACAUGGGAAAUUUCACUUUGGCUGAAGAUUAUUCGAGUCUUGUGGAGAGGAUUAGUAUGAAAUUCUCUAACGAAUCCAGUAAUGAAGUCCAUAGUGAGGUUCUCAGGGAAAAAGGAUGGGCCUUCCUUAAGUUUUCAAGAAAAUAUUACAAUGGAGCUAGAGAAUGCUUCAGACAGGCUCUCGAAAUGAAUCCAAAAGACAGUGACUUAAGCACUGGUUAUGCCAUUGCUUUGUAUCGCACAACAACUGAUCCUCCAGGUUCAUGGGACUCACCAACCCUUAUACAACUCAGGCGAGCCAUCGACUUGAAUCCAAAAGAUGCUGUGCUCCUUGUGCUCUUGGCCAUAAGACUGACUGACACUAAAAUACUUGAUCCCAAAGAGCAUUCUGAAGAAGCAGUCGGUUUGAUGAUAAGGGCACUUAAGAUGUCGCCUGAAAACCCGCAUGUAAUGCGAUACGUGGCUCAAUUAAGUCGCAAGCUGGGAUCUACUGACUUUGCCAUUUGUCAGCUGGAGAAAGCACUAAAGCACACUCCCAACUCAGCUUUCAUACACCAUCAGUUAGCACUGUGCUACAAAUCUAAAAAAAUAGCCUUAGAAAAGGUACAUGGACCAUGUCAUAAAGUUGACCACUUUGAAACACAGGAUUGUCUUCACAAGUGCAUAUACCAUCUGGAAAAGGCAGUUUCACUGAAGCCCUUAUUCAUUGCUGCCUUGGCAGAAUUGGCAGUGCAUUAUGGACAAAUAGAUAUUCCUAAAGCUGAG